AGCAAGUUUAGGUAGGAGAUGGCAAACCCUCAACAGAUUUCCCCCUUCGCACCUUGUACUUUGCCAAUUUAUUCCCUCUCCAUCUCUCCACAAUACUAAUCACCCUCACUUUUUAUAGCUAUUUACAUACAUAUACAUAUAUACUCUUAACUCCAUUCAUAGAUAUAUUGCUGUUGAUGAAAAUGCAACUCCAUAUAUCUCCAAGUCUUAGACAUGUCACGGUGUUGCCUGGAAAAGGAGUGAGGGAGUUCAUAAAAGUGAAGGUUGGAUCAAGAAGGUUGUCUUAUCGAAUGGUGUUUUACUCACUUUUGUUCUUUACAUUCCUUCUUCGGUUUGUGUUCGUGUUGACUGCUGUCGAUACCAUUGAUGGUCAAACCAGAUGCUCCUCCAUCGGUUGUCUACGAAAGAAACUAGGACCACGUAAAAAUCUUCAAUCAAGUGUCCCAGAAGUAAUAUACCAAAUCUUGGAGGACUCCUCUAGUAAAUACGACAUAACCGCAGGGUCUGAAGCUGACAUUCCUCAAACUUUAGAAGAUUUUGUUUCGAGUUUGAAAGGCAACAAUAGACCAGACGCAAAAACCUUCGCCAUUAAGCUCAAAUCCAUGGUGACCCUUCUUGAACAAAGAACUCGAAAAGCCAAAAUCCAAGAAUACUUAUACCGCCAUGUCGCCUCCAGCAGCAUCCCAAAACAACUCCACUGUCUCGCACUCCGGUUAGCCACCGAGCACGCUACCAACGCCGCCGCCCGCCGCCAGAUCCCGUCGCCGGAGCUCGUGCCGGCACUCGUCGACAACUCAUACUUCCACUUCGUUCUCGCGUCCGACAACAUCCUCGCCGCCUCUGUGGUGGCCACCUCGCUCGUUUACAACUCCCUCCGCCCUGAAACGGUGGUGGUUCAUAUAAUUACAGAUCGGAAGACUUACUCUCCGAUGCAGGCGUGGUUCUCGUUGCAUCCAUUAACGCCGGCUGUUAUAGAGGUUAAGGCGUUGCAUCAUUUUGAUUGGUUUGCGAAGGGGAAAGUGCCGGUUUUGGAAGCUAUGGAGAAAGAUCAGAUGGCUAGGGCUCAGUUUAGAGGUGGGUCGUCCGCCAUUGUUGCUAAUAAGACCGAGAAACCUUAUGUUAUUGCUGCAAAGUUGCAGGCGAUGAGUCCCAAGUAUAACUCGCUCAUGAACCAUGUUCGAAUUUAUUUGCCAGAGAUGUUUCCUAGUUUAAACAAGGUAGUCUUUCUAGACGAUGACCUUGUGGUUCAAACGGAUCUUUCACCUCUUUGGGACAUUGAUAUGAAUGGAAAAGUAAAUGGAGCCGUUGAAACGUGUAGGGGAGAGGACAAAUUUGUAAUGUCAAAACGGUUAAAAAACUACUUGAAUUUUUCUCAUUCAUUGAUAUCAAAUAACUUUGAUGCAAAUGAAUGUGCUUGGGCCUAUGGCAUGAACAUAUUUGACCUUGAAGCUUGGAGAAAUACCAACAUAAGUAACAAUUACCAUUAUUGGCUUGAGGAGAAUUUGAAAUCGGAUCUAAGUUUGUGGCAACUAGGAACAUUACCUCCGGGUUUGAUAGCAUUUCAUGGAUAUGUCCAUAUUAUUGACCCGUUUUGGCAUAUGUUAGGCCUUGGGUACCAAGAGAAUACAAGCAUACCAGAUGCUCAAAAGGCUGCAGUCAUCCAUUUCAAUGGUCGAGCUAAACCAUGGUUAGAUAUAGCUUUUCCAGAGCUAAGGGCAUUAUGGUCAAAGUAUGUCAACUUUUCAGAUAAAUUCAUCAAGUCAUGCAACAUUAGAGCGUCUUAGAACAUGUACAUGAAUGAUUAUAUGCGAAUAUUUUAUGUAUAGAUGAAACCAUAAGAGUUUUUUAUUUCAAUUUUUUUCGAAUUCGGUGAUUUGAGAUAUAAGUAGCAUUCUCAUCCACUUUACACAUUUUUUUUUUCCUUUAUCAAAAGUAAUCAAAUAAGGAUUUUUUUUUUUUCUUAAAAAAACAACCCUUUAGUUUAGACUUACUUUUUUCCAGUUACAUUUGAAACCAAUCCUUUCAAGAACUUUGCAGACUUUGUAAUAGGAGAGUUAAUAGCCAUCAAAUUAUAAAGAACAUUCUCAACUUCAUUAAUGGAAGGUCUUGUUUUGAAUCUUGAAACUACUUUCAAUUCUCCUUCUUCUUCUUCAACAAGCACACUCCACUUCUCACCACUCAAAACCCCAUCUCUCACACACUUAAACACCACACCAUUUCUCUUACUCAAUAGCCCUCUAACCUCCAAUCCCAUAAACGAAUAAAUCACUUCAAAAGAUCCCAAAAAGUCAACAAAAUCACCAAGAAUGCUUUCCUCAUCUUCAUAACUCCAUCUAGGGUUGAAUAUCACCACUGGCUUUGGGUACAGACUGUUAGUGAUUGUUUCCAUCACUUCCAUUUGUGAAGCUUCUGGUGUCAAAAAUACUGCCACGUCAGCAGAGCUCAAAACUCUGUUUCCCCCAUCUUUUAGUGAAGAAAUGUCGACAUGCUCAACUGACCCAAACGCGACUCUAUUUGCAGCUUCUGUUAGGAAAGAAUUGGGCCAUAGUAUUAGAAUCUUCACUUUAGAGCCCUUUCUCUUAAUGGGCAUUUCAUCGAACACUUGGAGUGCAAGCUGUGAUAAGGAAUCGGGAGAGUCAUCAUUGACUGGGAUUUCGACACGAAAUCUGGGCUGCUUUAGUUUCUUGAGUUUACCGGCUGUAAGUUUUAGGUUGUUGAGAGGUUUCUCUAAGGUCGACGAAAGACAUGUUUUUGCUUGACGUAUAGCUUCCUCUUUGGAUUUGGGUGGAGAAGAGAGAUUACACUGAAUGGAUAACAAAAGAGGAAUCUUUUUCGGUUUUAUGAUUUGGGAAUUUGAUGAAGCAAUCGAAAAUUUGAAAUGGGGUUGAAUUGAAUGAUAUUUGAAAGGACUCAAAUGAAAAUUUGGGAGAUUAGUUGUCAUCUUUGUUCUUUCUGAAAGCAGAAAAAA